AUGACGAAAUUACCCCUCGUCCCUCUCGUCAUCGCCGCCCUGGUGGCGGCGCUGGUGUCCCCGACCGCCGCGGAGAUAAAGAGCCUCACGAUCUCCUCCGACAACCGACCAAUGAUCCUCUUCGAGAAGUUCGGGUUCACCCACAGCGGUCACGUGACCAUCCGGGUCUCGCACGUGUCCGUCACCUCCAAGCUCAGCGACAUCGACCCGUCGCGCCUAGGCUUCUUCCUCCUCUCCGAAGAGUCCCUCCUGCAAGUCCUCGUCGAGAUCCAGCAGAACCCUCAGCUCUGCGUUUUGGAUUCGCGCUACAUAACCCGUCUCUUCAAUUUCAGAGAGCUCUCGCCGCCGCCCCUCUCCUCGUUCAACCAUUCGUACCCAGUCUCUGCUCCGAACGAGUACAGCCUCUUCUUCGCCAAUUGCGCUCCGGAGACCACCGUCUCCAUGCUUGUACGGACGGAGGUCUACAAUCUCGACCCAGAUGGUGCGCGUGACUAUUUGUCGGCCGGGUUGACCCAUCUUCCUUCUCUGUUCUUCGUCUUCUUUUUGGCCUAUUUGGUGUUUGUGGGCUUCUGGGUCUACCUUUGUUACACCAACAAGAGAUCCGUGCACCGGAUCCAUCUUUUGAUGGGUGGGCUGCUUCUGAUGAAGGCGUUGAAUCUGAUUUCCGCGGCGGAGGACAAGCACUAUGUCAAGGUCACCGGUACCGCCCACGGAUGGGAUGUGUUGUUCUACAUCUUCCAGUUCCUCCGUGUCGUUUUGUUGUUUACGGUGAUCGUUUUGAUCGGGACCGGGUGGUCGUUUUUGAAGCCCUUCUUGCAGGAGAAGGAGAAAAAGGUGUUGAUGAUUGUAAUCCCUCUGCAGGUCUUGGCCAACGUGGCGUCUGUUGUGAUUGGGGAAACUGGGCCGUUUAUCAAGGACUGGGUCACCUGGAACCAGGUGUUUUUGUUGGUUGAUAUCAUUUGCUGCUGUGCUAUCAUAUUCCCCAUCGUUUGGUCCAUUAGGUCUCUGAGAGAGACGUCGAAAACCGACGGAAAAGCUGCAAGAAACUUGGCCAAGUUGACCCUUUUCAGGCAAUUUUACAUUGUCGUUAUUGGGUACUUGUAUUUCACAAGAAUCGUGGUUUUCGCGCUUAAGACCAUUGCAGCUUAUAAGUAUCAGUGGGUGAGCAAUGCGGCUGAGGAGAGUGCAAGUCUGGUGUUUUACAUGGUCAUGUUCUAUAUGUUUAGGCCCGUGGAGAGGAACGAGUACUUUAUUCUUGAUGAGGAGGAAGAAGAGGCUGCUGAGAUGGCUCUUAGGGACGAGGAGUUUGAGCUUUGA